UGUACACGUCGCGCACUUAACCAAACGCCCGCCGCACAUCAACCUUGCAAGUCAUCACCGUCCAAUACCUUUGACGUAACUCCUCGUGCUGUUGCCAUCAUGUUGAUCGACCUCCAGCCUUCAAACAGGAUCUUAGAAGAGGCAUUGAGGGAACGCUUCAAUGGCGAGGCAGAAAAACUCCAGCUGAAAGUAGCAGACUUCGAUGGCGUGAAAUAUAGACUGUCGACUCCAGAAAGCAAAACCGUGCUGAAUAUCAGCAUGGCUAUGCGGUGCUUUGGCGAACUUCAACGCUAUGGCGCGGACGCGGUCCUUCGCAGGGAAUAUGGUGAUAUGCUCGAGUCUACUCCGGAGAGCGGCUUUGAUGUUACAGUGCGAGUGGACUUGCAAAAUUUACCUCAGGAUAAAGAAAGCUUGGUUCGGAAGCUCUCUCUCUUGAAGCGGAACGCGCUUGCCGCGCCUUUCGAAAUAGCAUUCAAUGCACAACUCGAAGGCAGAGACUCCGAAUUGAUGACCAUUCAUUAUCGAGAUGAAGAAGCUUAUUAUAUAAAAGCGCAGCAUGAUCGAGUUACUGUGAUUUUCUCCACCAUCUUCAAGGAAGAGACCGACCGCAUAUUUGGGAAAGUGUUCUUGCAGGAGUUUGUGGACGCCCGUCGCUCUCCGGCGACACAGAACGCACCACAGGUACUGUACAGCCCACGCGAACCGCCAAUGGAGUUACGUGGAGUACCAGGUGUUCAAGAGUCGGACUGGGUUGGUUAUGUGACAUUCGUUUUAUUCCCUCGUCACUUUACUGGACCGGCUGCGGAGGGAUGUAUCUCUCGUAUAGAACUCUUCCGCGAUUAUUUGCAUUACCACAUCAAGGCUUCAAAGGCAUACAUGCACUCGCGAAUGAGGACAAGAGUAGACUCAUUUUUGAAAGUCCUCAAUCGAGCGAAACCUGAACAACCAGAUAGCCAGAAGGAAAAGAAAACUGCCAGCGGCAAAACAUUUAAACGUUCCUGAAGUGUCAGAACCACCUUGCUGCACAAUAGCAGCCUUUGGGUUAUAAAGUUUCUACUCCUUAAAUUCCGCAGACCUCCCUGUUUAUAUAAGCACAAUUAUAUUCCUCUUUGGAACAAACCCUGCACAUUUCUUCCUCCAAAAUAUGUAACAAAAUCAAAUUUGACAGCAGGUAUCUAAACAAAACAACGUGCUCAUCGAAC